CGCGCCAACUCCACCUUAAGGAGCGCUGGGCCCCGCCCCCAACCGCCCGCCCGAGCGCGGCUGAUUGGCGGCUGGGGCGCUGGGGGCGGGGCCAGGCGGCUCUUGCUAUAAAUAUUCAUGAGAGCGCGGCGGCCGGAGCGGCGCUGCCGGGGCCGGAGAGCGAGAAGUUGCGGAGGCGCCGCUGCGCUCGACCCGCGGCUCAGGUGGCGCGACCGCGGCCGGGGCUCCGGCAGCCGGAGGAGGCGCAGGGCGAGCACCGCCCGGCUGGCGCUCGCCCGCGGAGCCGAGCGCUCGGGCGAGCGGCAGAAGGAGCCGCUCCGGCCACCCCAGCCCUGCCACUGCCCGCCCGCACGGGGCGGUGGGAGCCCGGCGCCGCGGAGCGCACCGCUCGCUCCCCGGGACACCUCAACCAUCUUCGCCGCGUCGGGGCUGACGGCGAAACUUCUCCACCGCCGCCACUGCCCCGUGCCCGGCCGGCGCUGGAGUAGCGGCGAGAGGAGCGGCGGCACCCCCUGGGCACCCGGCCCCGCGAGGAGCGAUGCGGCGGCGCCUGAGGGGCCUCCCGUGAGCAGAUCCCCUUCAUCCGGCGCCGAGCGGGGGAUCGCCGGCGGCUCCCGCUCACCGGGUGCCCGCGGGGCCGCUUCCCUGCUGGGCGACGGAGCCCCGCGGGGGCUGCGAGACCUCUUCACCUGCGAGCGGCACGGAGGGGGCCGCCCUGCGCCCCCCCGAGGGGUAGCCGGGGCCGGGGGGUGCUGUGGCGCCGCGCUCCCCGCGGCUGCUGAGCGGGACAGGAGAGGAGCCGGGGCCGCCGCCCCCGCGCCGCCGAGCAUGGAGUGGAGUUACCUGUUGGAAAUCACCUCGCUGCUCGCCGCCCUGUCCCUGCUGCAGCGCGCCGGCUGCGCCGCCGCCUCGGCCGCCGCCGCCGCGUCCUCCUCUUCCUCCUCGGCCAAGGAGCUGUCGUGCCAGGAGAUCACCGUGCCCCUCUGCAAGGGCAUCGGCUACAACUACACCUAUAUGCCCAACCAGUUCAACCACGACACGCAGGACGAGGCCGGGCUGGAAGUGCACCAGUUCUGGCCGCUGGUGGAAAUCCAGUGCUCCAGCGACCUGCGCUUCUUUCUCUGCAGCAUGUACACCCCCAUCUGCCUGGAGGACUACAAGAAGCCGCUGCCGCCCUGCCGCAGCGUCUGCGAGCGGGCCAAGGCCGGCUGCGCCCCGCUCAUGCGCCAGUACGGCUUCGCCUGGCCCGACAGGAUGCGCUGCGACCGCCUCCCGGAGCAGGGCAGCCCGGACACGCUCUGCAUGGACUACAACCGCACGGACCUCACCACGGCCGCCCCGCCGCCCGCCAAGCCCCCGCUCCGCGGUGCCAAACCCGGCAGCCCCGCCAAGGCGCCCCCCGCCGCCGCCGCCCCGCCGGCCGAGGCCCCGCGCAAGCCGCGGCCGCCGCCGCCUUGCGAGCCGGGCUGCCAGUGCCGGGCGCCCAUGGUGUCGGUGUCCAGGGCGGGGCGGCCGUGGGGCGGCGCGGCCGAGCUGCAGCCGGAGCUGGCGGUGGCCGAGCACGUGCGGUACGAGAGCACCGGCCCGGCGUUGUGCACCGUGGUCUUCCUGCUCGUCUACUUCUUCGGCAUGGCUAGCUCCAUCUGGUGGGUCAUCCUCUCCCUCACCUGGUUCCUGGCCGCCGGCAUGAAGUGGGGGAACGAGGCCAUCGCUGGCUACGCACAGUAUUUCCACCUGGCCGCCUGGCUGCUCCCCAGUGUCAAGUCCAUCGCUGUGCUGGCGCUCAGUUCUGUGGACGGGGACCCCGUGGCUGGCAUCUGCUACGUGGGCAACCAGAGCCUGGAGAACUUGCGGGGCUUCGUGCUGGCACCGCUGCUCAUCUACUUGGCCAUUGGCUCCAUGUUCCUGCUCGCUGGCUUCGUCUCGCUCUUCCGUAUCCGCAGUGUCAUCAAACAGCAGGGUGGCCCCACCAAGACCCACAAGCUGGAGAAGCUGAUGAUACGCCUGGGACUCUUCACCGUGCUCUACACUGUGCCAGCUGCUAGCGUGGUCGCCUGCCUCUUCUACGAGCAGCACAACCGGCCACGCUGGGAGGCCACGCACAACUGCCCCUGCCUGCGUGACCAACAGCCUGACCAGGCCCGCCGCCCUGACUAUGCCGUCUUCAUGCUCAAGUACUUCAUGUGCCUGGUGGUGGGCAUCACCUCUGGUGUCUGGGUCUGGUCCGGCAAGACCCUUGAGUCCUGGAGAGCCCUCUGCACUCGCUGUUGCUGGGCCAGCAAAGGUGCUGCCGUGGCUGGGAGUGCAGGGGCAGGAGCAGGUGGGCAGGCAGCAAUCACUGCAGCAGGAGGACUUGGGGCUGGAGGUGGUGGCUCACUCUACAGUGAUGUCAGCACUGGCCUGACGUGGAGAUCAGGCACUGCCAGCUCUGUCUCCUAUCCCAAGCAGAUGCCCCUGUCUCAAGUAUGAGGAGGGCGAAAGAGGCCAAAGGUUAGGGAUUGAGGGACACUGGCCUGCCUAAAAUGCCCCCUCACUGUUUGGUGCCAUUAAUGAACCCCUAAUGGUCCUUAUUAGCCACAGCUUGUAUAGAACAAUGCAGCUGGCAGAGGCCCCAGGCUCCAGCCCCCUCCUCCUUCCCCUCCAUUCAUAUGCAGGGAGCAUGUACUUCAAGGAGCCAGCUUAUUAUUUUGCUGGCAGAGGAGGGUAGAGGCUCACCCGUGUCUUACAGAGGGCAAGGCACAGCGGCUUUUGAGUCACUCUGGACUAACAGCAACUCUUUACUUAAGGGAGAGAGGGUCUUCCUCCCCCCAGUCCUGAGGUGGGAGUCUGCUGGACUGCAGGUUUUUGAGAUGUUGAUGACCAGGCAAAUGCCUUACAAUAUAGACUGAAACAAAACAUGUCUUAAUUAUACACCCCAGCUAAAUACGGGUUUCCUACAUUAAAGGAUGUAUUUAUAUAAUUAUUUGUUACCUUGUACAGAUGUGUAAAAUAUGUAUAUAUCCAAAGCUAUACAGUCUGUAAAUUUUUUUGUAAAAAUGUUUAGAGGCUACCCCUGUAAGAGCAAAUAUGAGUAUUCUAUUUUGUCAAUAAAAUGACUUUUGAUAAAUGA